CCACUUCACAGUGAUUGACGGAUGAUGGGGCGGAGCCAACAGGGUCCACUUCAGAUGGCAGCCAUGUUGGUUUUGGUCCAGCUGCUGGUGAUGAUGAUGAUGAGGAAGUCUGCCGCCGCAGAGGUGGUCCACUCACUGUCUGCACAAAGCGGUGAGACCGUCCUGCUGACCUCAGACUGGCUGAAGGGGAGAAUGGAGAACAGGGGGGACAUCAGGUGGACUCACCCCCGCCUGGUACUGUCAACGAAGAACAACUGGACAACGUGUGACCAUGGACGCUGCCAGCUGCUGAGCAACGGCUCGCUGACAAUCAGCCAAAUUCAGUCUGAAGACUCUGGAAAAUACAGCCUGGAGGUGUUUGACGAAGAAGGGCAACGGCUGCAGAGAGAGCACUUCCUGCUCAGGGUUAAGGAGGUGCACCGCAGACAGCCGUUAUCAGAUGUGUCUCUGUCUGCAGACAGUCACACAGACAACAUGUUGGUGAUGACCUGCAGCUUCCUUCUACUGCUUCUGUUGCUGUUCUUCUUUGCUGUCUUCAUCCUGAGGAGGAGAAGGAGUCAAAGGAUGAUCACUGCAGGUCCAGUGGAGGAAAAUGUCUAUGUGAUGAUGCAUGGUCCCCAUGGCAACAAGAGAAAAUGUGAUGAGGAGCAGCAUGAGAGAGAGGAAGAGCCCAUUUACAUUCCCUGUAAUGCAGCUGUUUCCAUGGAAAUGCCAAACACAAAGCAGAUGUCAAUGGAGGUGGAAGACAUCUACGUGUGACGACAAACCAGGGGUCACCAUCUUUUCAGCACAGUGUGCCUCACCUGGACAACUCGCCUUUGUUUUUCCGUCUGCUGUCUCUUACUGAGCCUGUUGGGCAGUUUCUAUUUCUUUGCAUCAGAAUCUUACCGUCUGUCAGUGGUUAUUACAAUUAAAUACAUACACAAACAGACAGCCUCUGGGUUACUUGUGUCAUGAACUAAUGUUAAUGUUGUGGUAGGAGCAGGGUACUACCUGUUCCUACUAUGUGCCUAUUCCUGUUGUUGGUGCAUCGUUUUAGACACAUUUCAUCACAAAUAUUGGCCUCUGGGUCAGGUUGGCUACACAGCGGAGUCUGUACAGAGGAGGCUGCAGCAGAGUGUUUUCCCCAGAGAUGUCAGAUCCA